AUGUAUGCGGACGACACAGCAAUUUUUGUUAAGCCAUAUAAGAGGGAUGUCACUACGCUUGCUGAAAUUCUUGCCAAGUUCGGGGACGCGACUGGGCUGAAAACAAAUGUUGAGAAGUCAUCUCUCAUCCCCAUAAGAUGUCAAGGUGUCAACCUGGAUGAGGUCUUGAGCAAUUUCCCAGCAAGACGAGCUCGCUUCCCAACAAAAUACUUGGGGCUACCUCUAACAAGCACCAUAUUGCGAAGGAUCGAUUUUCAGUCUCUUGUUGACAAAGCCGUGAGCAAGCUCACUAUUUGGAAUGGCAAGAAUAUUAACCAUGCAGGAAGCCAUUUCAUUGCCACGAAGCAUCCUUUCGGUGCUCUUUCGGUCGCUAAGCUAUUCAUGAUUCACAUUUACCAGCUGCAUGGUCUACCAACUGCAAUUGUUUUUGAUCGUGACUACAUAUUCACCGGUCAAUUGUGGCGUGAGCUAUUCCGUCUGUCCGGGGUGGAGCUGAGAAUGAGUUCCACAUAUCACCCUCGGUGUUCUUCACUUGAGCUCAGCUCAUCGUCAGAGGCAGGCAGGCAGGCCAGCAGUAAGCAGAUUCCACUGUUGCUGCGGCGCAAGGAGUAUUGUCGUGGGCGUGGCGUGGCUGGCCAAUUCGCGUGGAGACAGGGAAACAGCGGAUGGGCGUUUGCUAACCAGCGCACGUACUAUUCCAUUCCACUUCCACCGGCGGUCGACGCGAGGACUGCUCUUGCCCUGCGGCGGCGGCAAAGGGGUUUCAAAAUGCUGGCGUGCAUCGCCUGCUCGACCAAGGACGGCGGGGAUCAGGACGGCGGCCCCGGAGCCGCCACGCCCCACGGAAGGGACGCCAGCGGCAAAUCCCUCACCUCCCAGCUCAAGGACAUGGUGCUCAAGUUCUCCGGCUCCGGCAGGCAGUACAAGGCCGCGGCGAGCCCGUCGUUCAGGGGCAACCGCUUCCACCGCAACAGCCGCCUUGCCGCGUACCCGGGUGUCAUCGACGACUCGGGCUUCACGUCGGACGGGACCGCCGAGGGCUACAGUAGUUACAUGAGGACGACGACGACGGGCGCGACAGCCGCGAGAACCAUGCCGGCCCCUCCGCCGUGGGACGCGGCCACCAAGGUCGCCCGUGGCUUCCCGCAGCACGUCAGGAGCCCGAGCGCGAGCUGGAUACCGAGCAUCGGGGAGGAGGAGGAGGAGGAUGACGAGGUUGUCGUCCUGGAGGAGGACCGCGUGCCGCGGGAGUGGACGGCCCAGGUGGAGCCCGGCGUGCAGAUCACCUUCGUCUCCAUCCCGGGCGGCGCCGGCAACGACCUAAAGCGAAUCCGCUUCAGCCGCGACAUGUUCAACAAGUGGGAGGCGCAGCGGUGGUGGGGGGAGAACUACGACCGCGUGGUGGAGCUCUACAACGUGCAGACAUUCAGCCGGCAGCAGGGCAUCUCGACGCCGACGUCCUCCAUCGACGACGCCACUCAGAGAGACUCGUCGUUCUACUCCCGCGCCGGCUCGACGAGGGAGAGCCCGGUGAUCCUGCCGCCGACGGCAGCGGUGGGCAGGGAGCAGCCGAUCGUCCGCGCCACUUCGUGCAGGGCCAUGGCGGCGGCGGCUUCCACCGCCCGAGCCGCGUGCAACCCGUCGUCCAGUGCCGUGCCGGACCCGUCGGACCACGUGUGGGCGCACCACUUCAACCUGCUCAACUCCGCGCCGGCGCCGCCGGCUGCUCCGCACCUGGACCCGUCGCGCGCUACCACGUCGUCCCUGGACGAGGCGUCCGUGUCCGUGAGCAACGCGAGCGACCUGGAGGCCACGGAGUGGGUGGAGCAGGACGAGCCCGGCGUGUCGAUCACCAUCCGCGAGUUCGGCGACGGCACCCGCGAGCUCCGCCGCGUCCGCUUCAGGCAAGUCAAUGGCCACACUAGCUAUUCAUUCUCCGGAUGCAAGAUUCAUCGUCGGACAUCAAAUCAUGCUGGAAAUCUUGUUAUGCUAAUGGGAUGUGAUCUCGCGUUCUUGUGUGCCGUUGCUGCAGCCGGGAGAGGUUCGGCGAGGAUAGGGCCAAGGUGUGGUGGGAGCAGAACAGAGACCGAAUACACGCGCAGUACCUGUGACGUCGGAGCAAGCUAG